AUGCCCUACCACCUAGUGAUCAAGAUCACAAGCGUGCACGACGCGAACGACACGGGGUUGCUGGCCGCAUGGUUUUCGUGGCACUACAUCUACAGGGAUCGUAUGCAGCUCGCAACUGCCUUCCAUGUGGCUGAGACCCGACUGGAGGUGCUCGAGGUGCUGUUGAAGGCGGGAACCGUGGAUGGUCAGGUGACGCUGGUACGCGCCGAAGAGUUCCGCAGGCUCGCGGAGGCGGCGGCCGAAUCGCGCGAUGGAAAUGUGGGAAGGGUUCGGGGGAGGGUGCUUUAUGUGUUUCAGUUGAAGCAGGACAUGCGCGACGAAAGUGAGCCGGACAUGCUUGCUGCGGACGAUGAGGAGGAUGACUUUGAUGUUGCGAUGGCAGACGAGAUGUCAGACACCGACGACGACGACGACGACGACGGUGACGUGGACGUUGACGACGACAUAUCCAUCGACUCCGACAUCCUUAUUCGCCGCGCUCCCACGGGUGAGGUGGAAGACAAGUCGUCAACGCAGACAGUGCUCGACGCAAAGUCGCUCGACGAGAUCACUCUCGCCAUCUACGAAGAGAACGGUUGGGCUAAGAGCUCGUCCCACGGAGCCCUCAUCUGA